AUGGUAGGUCAAGCCAGUGGUUCGCCAAGAAAAACUCCCCUCAACCCCCAGGUGCAGGGCUGGCGAACCGUUGUCCCGUCCCUAUCAAUCAAGGGCCAAGUGACGACUUGUCUGCACAAUAUCUUGAUCCCCGGGCCGGAUGGGGGCUUCCCGGGGGGUAGUCUAGAAAAGCCAGAGCCUGGUUCUAGGGGAGCAUUGCCGCUAAACCAAAUCGGGAUAUUGUUGCGAACCAUCGAAAUCCUUGUCUAUAUAGUAGCAGAGCAGGAGCGAAUGGGUGGUAUCAGGGUGGAUCCCGAUGCAUCAAUGACGGAUGGAUUGGCAAACAUGAGAAACGGCUGUUGGAUCCGGUGGGAAAGAAGAUAUCAGGUGGCUCUGGCAGCUCUGCCACUUGAUUUGACGGUUGCGUACCCGUACACACACACGCGCGAGCAGAAACACACAGACGCCCCUCCCAAACAAAGGCUAUAUUGUUACUUCCUUUUGGUGGAAACAAGGGACCGGGCCAGUCAAGGUCGCCGGCAAGCGGAUAGGAGAAUUAUGCUAGUACAGGGAAAAAAACACAAGGUGGCAGGGUCCCUUGAGGGGGUGUCAAGCGAAGACAGGCAGAACAGCAAAAGUCAUUCAGACAGCUUAAGUGGAGCCUCCUCUGAAGAGCCGGCGCAGGUAUGGGGCAGGGAACCGCCCCCGUCGAACCUGUAUGGUAUUGAUUAA